ACACGGUCACCGGGCCGGGCCGGGCCCUGGAGCCCGUCAGAUAAAAUCGGAUCCGGGCUGGGGGGCACUUUAUCAAAAAGGCUGUUGACUCAGGGACAAGCGUCAGUCUCGAGCCGUAGUACAAUGGGGUUGGGGAACCGUUGCUAUAGGGCAGAGGGGAAAUGCAAGAGGGGUAUGGGGACAGUUGAUAUUGGGCUGGGGUGGCAGGGAGACAACUUCAGCAGAGCACUCUGACCCAGUCUGCAAGCAUCUGAGGAGCUGGUAAAAAGAGGUUUUCUUUUAUGGAGGGGAGUGAAUAACGGUAGAAAGAGCCAACUGUGGGGAGAUGGAAUGGAAGGCUGACACAAUGGGAUAGUAGAUCCAAGAAUGUUUCACCCCAUGCCAGCCUGUUUUCAGCAGGGCUGCCACCUGGCCCAGGGUGGGGACAUGCAGGGGGAUGGAGGGAAGCUUAACCCAGAGCUGACUAUAAGACAGUUUGUUCCUACGGAUCAGUGGGGACAACCAGGUCGCCUAAUCAUUUCUGAGAAGAAGACUGGGGAUUUGGAGGAUCUGGGUCUGGCUUUGUCAACUGUGGCUCAGUGGCCUUUGAGGAAGUGGCUGUGAACUUCACCCCAGAAGAGUGGGCUCUGCUCGAUCGCGCUCAGAGGACACUCUAUCGAGAGGUGAUGCUGGAGACCUUCAGGAACCUGGCCUCUUUGGAUUGUUGCAUUUAUGUUAGAACCAAUGGAUCAAGUCCUUGGCGGCAUAUUUUUGGGAAUGAAGUAACCAAUGGUGAGAAAAUUAUAAAAUUCACAGGAAAUGAUUCCAGGUCUAUUUUUGGAGAAAACUGGAGACUUCAUAACAUUGAGGAUCAGCACCAAAUCCCAGAGAGGCAUUUGAGAAGCCAGUUGGUGGAGAGCCUCUGUGAAAGCAAUGAAAGUCAUAAAUGUGGAGAAACAUUGAGCCAGAUUGAAAACUUUACUGUGCACAAGAGUUAUCCUAUGGAAGUUAAGCCCAAUGAAUGUACUAAAUGUGGCAAAGCCUUCAAGAAUCAGCAAAAGUCUCACACUGGACAGAGACCGUAUCACUGUGAGGCAUGUGGGCAAGUCUGUGGUUGUCUUUUGUGCCGAAGCCCUCAUGUGGAAACUCACGUUGUGGAGAAACCUUAUAAAUGUCAGGACUCCGGGAGAGUAUCUAAGAAAUACGUGAAAAAUGUCAGCAGUAAAAAAUCUUUUGAAUGCAAGAAAUGUGGAAAGGCUUUCACUUGUCCCUCUUCUUUUAGGGGACAUGUGAGAGGUCACUGUGGACAGAAAACACACACAUGUAAAGUAUGUGGGAAAACAUUCAUGUAUCACUCCUACCUUACACGACACAUAAGAACUCAUACUGGAGAGAAACCCUAUGAAUGUAAGGAAUGUGGGAAGGCCUUCAGUUGUCCUUCAUACUUUCAAGAACACGUUAGAACACACACUGGAGAGAAACCAUAUGAAUGUAAGCAUUGCAGAAAACCAUUCAACUGUUACUCAUCUUUUAGAGAUCAUGUGAGAACGCACACUGGAGAGAAACCCUAUCAAUGUAAGCAUUGUGAAAAAGCCUUCACUUGUUACUCAUCUCUUCGAGAACAUGGGAGAACACACAGUGGAGAGAAACCUUACGAAUGUAAGCAGUGUGGCAAAACCUUCAGGUAUCCCUCAUCCCUGCGAGCACACGGGAGAAUGCACACUGGAGAGAAACCUUACAUGUGUAAGCAGUGUGGGAAAGCCUUUGGUUGUGCCACUUACCUUAGAAGGCAUGUGAAAACACACAGUGCAGUGAAACCCUAUGAGUGUAAGGAGUGUGGCAAGGCCUACAGAUUUUCCUCAUCCCUUCGAAUACAUGUCAGAACACACACUGGAGAGAAACCCUUUGAAUGUAAGCAUUGUGGGAAAGCCUUCGGUUGUCACUCCUCCCUUCAAGAACACAUAAGAACGCAUAGUGGAGAGAAACCUUAUGAAUGUAAGCAAUGUGGGAAAGCCUUUAGCCAUUCUCAGUAUUUUAAAAAACACGUGAAAUCGCACAGUGGAGUAAGACCCUAUGAAUGUACGCAGUGUGGGAAAGCGUACAGUUGUUCCUCAUCCCUUCGAGUGCACGUGAGAACACACACUGGCGAGAGACCAUAUGACUGCAAGCACUGUGGGAAAGCCUUCAGGUAUCUUUCAUCCCUUCAAGCACAUGUUAGAACACAUACUGGAGAGUAACUCUAAGAAUAUAACGAAUGUGUGAAAGUGUUCAUUCAACCUUAAAACCUUGUUGUAAAUGCAAAAAGAAAACAAAAAACCCACACUGGUAAGAAACCUUAUAUAUGUAGAGAAUGUGAGAAAACUUUCUGGUAGAGUACUUAUUUUGUAUAAGAAAACUCAGAGUAGGAGAGAAAUCUCUUGAUUUUUAUUGUGAUAUCACCGUUUAAGUGUCUCAGCCUUAAUAGUGACUCCUAGGAUAUUAAUUUUUAGAUCAUGUUUGGGAUAUAAACAAUAAAUACCCUGUUUUGUACCCUUUUGGCUAUUUUUUGUUAUAUAGAACUUUAAAUAAUUGUAUUAUUCAAAACCUUUCUUAUUUAUGUUACGAUGUCUUUUGGACCCAGAGGUGUAAAGUGUUUUUUUCUUUUCCUGUACAAGUUGACGUGAUUCUAGAUGAAAUGUUUCCUGAUUUUUACUUUCUAUUAUGUCUCCAGUGUGUGAUCACGAUGAGACUUUGGUGUUGAAAAUUUUUUCCAGUCCACAGUUGCAGGUACUGGAAUUUGCUGUUACACUAUGCACCCCUUCAGUCCUUAUUAUUAGAAGAUGUACCUUCCACAUUUGUUUGUUGCUAGUGGAUACCACAUGCAUAUAAUUCACAGAAAUUAGUACUUGUAGAAGGCUCUUGAAAGAGGUCAUUAUCAACUGAUACGGUCAUAUUUCACAUUUUUGCUCGUUGUCCUUAAUCUUGGUUGGAAAUUGGACACCCAGCAUUUAGAAAAGAAACCUGACAUAAAGAUGAAAAUUAGUGUA